AUGAGCAUUAGUGAAGACGACGUGGAGAAGUUUCUUGAUGGCAACCCUGCUUUUGCCAAGCAGUACUUUGAGAAGAAACUGAAAACAGAGUCCUGCGAUGACAAUGAAAGUGAAAUUCUUUUUGAGUUGAUACAAGACAUGCAAGAAAGCAUCAACAUGGAGAAAGUUGUAUUCAAGACUUUGAGAAGAAUCAGGUCCCUUAUUCAUGCUGAUCGCUGUAGUCUUUUCAUGUACAGGCAAAGAAACGGCACACCUGAACUUGCAACAAGGCUUUUCAACAUUCAAGAGGGAAGCACGCUGGAGGAAUGCCUGGUUUCCCCUGACUGCGAGAUAGUCUACCCGCUGGACUUAGGCAUUGUGGGCUACGUUGCGCAAACCAAGAAAACCAUGAACAUCCAGGAUGUCAGUCAGUGUCCCCAGUUCAGUUCAUUUGUUGAUGAGCUCACCGACUACACUACAAAAAGCAUCCUUGCAACACCCAUCUUGAAUGGCAAAGAUCUAGUUGCUGUCAUUUUGGCUAUUAAUAAGCUGAACGGCCCAUUCUUCACCAACUCUGAUGAAACACUUUUCCUGAAGUACCUGAAUUUUGCUUCCCUAAACCUGAAAAUUUAUCACUUGAGUUAUCUUCACAACUGUGAAACUCGAAGAGGCCAGGUGCUGCUGUGGUCAGCUAACAAGGUCUUUGAGGAAUUGACAGAUAUUGAGAGGCAAUUCCACAAGGCCUUCUAUACUGUGAGAGCAUAUCUGAAUUGUGACAGGUACUCAGUAGGCCUCCUGGACAUGACAAAGCAGAAGGAAUUUUUUGAUCUAUGGCCUGUCCUGCUGGGAGAAGUUCCCCCUUACUCAGGACCUCGCACUCCGGAUGGCAGAGAAAUAGUCUUUUACAAAGUCAUUGAUUAUAUAUUACAUGGAAAAGAAGACAUUAAAGUCAUCCCAAAUCCUACGCCAGAUCACUGGGCACUAGUUACUGGACUGCCAACAUAUGUGGCUGAAAGUGGGUUUAUUUGCAAUAUUAUGAAUGCUGCUGCAGACGAGAUGUUUAACUUUCAGGAAGGUCCUCUAGACGAAUCAGGAUGGACUAUCAAAAAUGUUCUCUCCAUGCCAAUAGUCAACAAAAAGGAAGAAAUUGUUGGUGUUGUCACAUUUUUUAACAGAAAAGAUGGGAAGCCAUUUGAUGAACAGGAUGAGACCCUGAUGGAGUCCCUGACACAGUUUUUGGGCUGGUCAGUACUCAACACAGAUACAUAUGAUAAGAUGAACAAACUGGAGAACCGGAAAGAUAUCGCCCAGGAUAUGGUGCUCUACCACGUGAAGUGUGACAAGGAUGAAAUUCAGGAAAUUCUGCCAACACGAGAAAAGCUGGGGAAGGAGCCAAGCGAGUGUGAGGAAGAGGAGCUGGCAAGUAUUCUGAAAGAGCAACUCCCAGGGCCCAGCAAGUUUGAAAUCUAUGAGUUCAGGUUCUCAGAUUUCGACUGCACUGAACUGGAGCUUGUGAAGUGUGGCAUUCAGAUGUACUAUGAGCUUGGCGUGGUGAAGAAGUUCCAGAUCCCACAGGAGGUUCUGGUGAGGUUUGUGUACUCUGUCAGUAAAGGCUACCGGAAGAUAACGUACCACAACUGGCGCCAUGGCUUCAACGUUGCACAGACCAUGUUCACACUUCUCAUGACAGGCAAACUGAAGCGCUACUACACAGACCUUGAAGCCUUUGCAAUGGUAACUGCUGCUCUGUGCCAUGAUAUAGACCACAGAGGAACCAACAACCUCUACCAGAUGAAAUCUCAAAAUCCUUUAGCUAAACUUCAUGGAUCUUCAAUUUUAGAGAGACAUCACCUGGAUUUUGGAAAGUUUUUGCUCUCUGAAGAGUCACUGAAUAUAUGCCAGAACCUCAACCGGAGACAGCACGAGCACAUGAUUCAUCUGAUGGAUAUUGCCAUUAUAGCUACAGAUCUGGCACUCUACUUCAAAAAAAGAACAAUGUUUCAGAAGAUUGUUGAUGAGUCUAAGACAUAUGACAGUACAACUGCCUGGACUGACUACCUGUCUCUGGAGACGACAAAGAAAGAAGUUGUCAUGGCCAUGAUGAUGACUGCCUGUGAUUUGUCAGCAAUCACUAAGCCUUGGGAAGUCCAGAGUAAGGUAGCUCUCCUGGUAGCAGCAGAAUUCUGGGAGCAAGGGGACUUAGAAAUAAGCGUCCUUCAGCAGCAGCCCAUUCCCAUGAUGGACAGAAGGAAAGCUGCUGAACUCCCAAAGCUUCAAGUGGGUUUCAUCGACUUUGUGUGCACAUUUGUCUAUAAGGAAUUUUCACGUUUCCAUGAGGAAAUUCAGCCUAUGCUCGAUGGGCUGCUGAACAACAGGAACGAGUGGAAGACCCGUGCUGAUGAGUAUGAUGCAAAGAUGAAAGCUCUGGAGGAAGAGAAGAAAAAGGAGGAAGAGAAAAUGGCUGCACAGAAAGAUGGAAUAACCUGCAACGGAGGAACAGCUCCAAGUUCAAAAACCUGUAGUAUACUUUAGAUCUAUUUCCAAGGCAAUACAUCCACCCAAAAUGAGAAUGCCCAUGUUUAGAAACAAACAACAACAACAAAAAGUCCUGGCUUAAAAUAUAUAUUCCUGCUUGGACAAUUUUAAUUAGGGUUAUGACCAACCAAGGAAGGGCUACAUCUCGUUUGCCUUAAUUGCAUCUCUUCUUGAUGCUAAGGGACCCAUCCUGUCCUGACUCUCACUGCAUUUAACAUACCUGAUGGUGUCAGAUGGCACGUGGCAAGUCAGAGCAAUGUUUGGCCCAAUAUAUCAGGUUGCGUGGCCACAGAAGAAACACUGCUCCAGCACUGAAAUACUGCAGACCCCAAAGCUAACAAAGCCAGUGAAUCUCCCAGAUUGUCCAUGUGUGCAAGGAAUAGCCAGCCAGUGAAUCUCCCAGAUUGUCCAUGUGUGCAAGGAAUAGCCUGCAGAGUAGAAAAAGUGAAGAACAGCUAAAUUUAUAAUAUCUAAAUCUCUGUCUUUGAGGAUAUCAGAAAGAAAUCUGUAGGUGGGGAUGAAGCAUGAGAACUUUUGAGCUGUUCUAGAAGGCUACAUUUCUCUGUAAGUCCAAGGAAUGCACAUAGUAGUAAUUCUGCAUUCACUUUGGGAAUUUGGGUUGGCUGCUGCUGUGCGCAUGAUCCCUCAGCUGCAAGACCCAGUAGAUGCUGGCUUCACAAACAGGACCCACGUUGUGCACGAUCGCAGGCUUUGUGCUGUGACAUGCGGUUGUGAGAAGGCAGUGUCAUCACUACCCACUGCAGCGCCUCAUACAGUUACCCACACAACCUGAACUGUGGCAUCUGACUUUGUUCUGUUUUACCUUGUAAUGCCAGUGCUAUCUAACACAUCCUCCUUUGAUUGGUAUCAGCCCUCCUCCUUUUCUCCUCCUGCUUGAGAUGUCUGAUUUUCUCAGUCCACUCCAAACUUCAAAAGAGUGAUGAAUUCUACUCCUUUAUUUAAGUUAAUUAGUUUUCCUGUUUAUUAAUGUAACCAUGUUAGAAUACUCUUAUCGUAAAGACCCUUCUCUACUCCCCUGCCCUCUCUCUCUCUCUCUCUCUCUCUUUUACUCAGAGCAUGGCGGGCACGUCAGCCAUGUAAUGAGAGUUCUGAUUUGUGGGGAUCUUCUUCUAUUAGUCCUGCUACCUUCAGUAUUUUUAUCCCUCAGUAACUUAUUUUGCAUUACAGAAGUACUGUAAGUAGAAGGAAAUUAUAGCCAUAGCAGUAUCUGGUGACUGUUUGGCCAGAUCCCAGUGCACUAAGAAGUAAUCUUCUGUCGCUAUGCAGCUAUUGUGUGAGCAGCAAGUUGUCCUUCAAGAGAAUACAGAAACCUCUCCACUUGCUCAAAAGCUAAAUAUGCAGCUAGUAAUUGGUUCGUGUUGUAUAUCUCAGCUUCAUCUGCAACCACGUAGGAGGCUUGCAUCACAUGGCAGCACUUCCAGGACACCAAGCCAAACAAGUUGUUUCCAGUGGGCAAUACGCCAUGAGAUGAUCUUAUUGUGGUGUGCUAAGAAGUGGGUUCUUAAGAUCACUUCAAGUCAUUGUAAGCUAAAUGCCUGUCGCUGAGAAAAGCUCUCCUUGACUUCAGAUGUUUUCCUGGAAA